AAAAUGGAAGCUGCGUCUCUGAAAUACUGAUCUACGCCAUUGAGAUCCAGAGGUGCUAUCGCAAUAAACUCGAACGCUUUCCGCCCCUUCUAGCCAGUACAGUUGGAUCUGCCAGAUCCGCAGGUCGUUUCUUCUUUGUCUAUCGUUAUUCUCCACGAGCAUCAAACGAAUUCUAAACUUCUUUUACUCCAGUAAUGAAGCACAAAAUCGAAAAAUAAAAAAUUAAUGGGACAACGGAAUUAAGAAGACCAAUAGGUAGAAGGAUAUAAGCUGUCGAAAGAUCACAGUAUAUAAAGCAGAAGAAAAGGAAAAAAAUCAAAGGAUAAAAGGAAGGAAGAAUAGGCCAGAAGGCGGAGGUGCGGACUAAAGACUCGAAUCUUGACUAUUUCUGCCUGUGAUCCUGCUCACGGUUCUCUUCUGGAGGGGAAAAAACCCGCUGGACAGGUUUUAAAGAGGGCCAGGACCGGGAUAUACAGGCCAUCUAUCGUCGUAGAUCAUUGUAAAUUUCUGAAAUUGUGGAAUCAGGUGGUCUGCCCAUUGCCCAAUUUAAGCAACGGAAGUACAAGGGAGAAGAGUAUUGAAAUUAUUAUCUUGAUGGACUUAAUAAGACUAUUGAAAUUUUUCAUUUAAUUAACUGAUAAUUUUUGUGGUGUUUGUUGCACUUACAGCGAGUUACAGGUGGAAGAAAGAAACCAAAGUGUUAUUUUCAACACCCUGUUAAAAAUUUAAAACGAUUAUAUCACGGCUAUAAUAAAAUAAUGCGACGACAGUGCGGAAUGAAGUUUAAUCUUGAAGAUCCAUGUUCAAUGUGAAUUGACAAAAGAAUUGUGCAUAUCGAAGAAUCAUGGACACUAUUUAUGAUUUUUUUUACUGUCCUUUAGACUGAAAAAGGUAAAUGUAAAGAAAUAAGUGGUAAAAUACAGUGUUCGUAAUUUUUUUGUACGACGUGCAGUGUAACUUAGAUUUUUAUCAAUUAAUUUAUUUCAUUGCCAUUGUGCUCACUUAUUGGCUAUAAUGACUUCUGUGUUACCUGAAGAAGAAACGAAAGUUCCAAAGAUGAAACAAAAGUUGAUGAACGACGUCCACAUGAAAGAAGAAACACGGUCGUUUCUUAGCUUCUCCAGAGAGAACCUAAGUAUCUCUCAAUCUGACCUUGAACAAGGUUUCAAUAAACAUCGAUUUCGACCGAAUAGACAUACAAUUCUGAGUGUAACCGCUUUGUUAAUCGCUCUUCUAUGCUUGGGUCUUGAAAGUUGGAAGUUUCACUGUUCUUUGAUUAAUUCCCGGGAGAUUAAAGAGUUAAAACGAAGCGUGGAGAGCUUGAAGUAUCGUUUCUUAGAGGAAGAUUUACUGGAUGAACUGAAAGCCUUUGAAGAACAGUUGUAUGCCGAAGAAUCGAACGAUGAUGAUAAUCCAGAGGAAGCGGAUAUUAAUAAUGCAGAUUACGACUCCAAUUACGAGGAUGAUACUUUUUCUUCACAUGAUUAUUCAACGGAUUAUCAUUCACCCCCAAUAUUCGGCGCCAGACCUUCCGAUUUUCCUGAUUCUUCAUCGACGAUUGCCCCUGUGCCCUCUACAUCAGACAUUAAUUCAGAUAAAACAAUAAUGGAAUUAAUACCCGCGAUUCGUAAAGUUGAAGCCAAACAUAGUCAAGAAUUAAAAAAGAAUCAUAAGAACACAGAUCAAGACCGAAAUCAGGAGAAGAAGGUUCUAGUUGGCAAAUUGGAAAAUCAUAAGAAUAAUACUAAACAAAAACGAGAUGUAUUAGAUACAGAUAAUAUGAAGGAUCUUUUGUUAGACUGGAAGAUGACUUUGAAGCGUACACGAUCGAUUGAUGAGGAGAAUCAUAAUUCUAAAAGAUUAUUAAUUAAUGGACAUUUCCCGAAAAAUUAUACAAGGAAAACCCUUGUUCCUGAUUCCAGUUCUCGAUUAACGUCGGAAAAUAUGCAGGACAAAAGUACUGAGAAGGAACAAAACACCUCCGAUGUAGGCUCUACUAGAUAUCCCCCCAAAAAAUAUUAUACCUCCUCAUCUCUAAAUACUACUGAGGCGUUUCCUUCAAGACACAAUGACGAACCGAGGAAACAAAGUCUCACAAAUCGGCUUAGGAAAGUUCCUCAAAAACUUCGAAGGUCCGGAAACGCAAACCACCCCCGAAAAAUAGUCGCUGUUCAUUAUAAUGGGGACAAGCAUAAGUACUCAGAGAAGGAUGAUUACACUGGGAACGGGAGAAUUCGUCAUGGGAAUAGCAUGUUUAAGGCUUGGAAACCAAGUGAUUGGGUAGAUAAUUAUGGUAUGAACCACUACUUCAAUAUGUCUAAUGAUGGAAGUGUCACCGUUCAUGAAGGAGGAUUAUAUUUGGUUUACGCGCAAAUUCAUUAUAAUGAUGAUCAUGAUGAGAUUGGGUUUCAUCUGCAGGUUAACAAUCAACCUAUUCUUCAGUGUAUGAUUGAUAAUUCAGGUCAUUCACGCAACAUUAGUCAGACCUGUUUCUCGGCUCAGCUUACCUAUUUAGAACGUAAAGACGUUUUAAUUUUUAAAGAAGCAAGCUCGCCGAGAUAUGCCAUUUUCGACAAGGAAAACAGCUUUUUCGGGCUAGUGAAACUCGGAGAACUGGCAAGAUCGUCGCAUUAAACAGAUGUUUAUAUAUAGUAACAAUAAGUAUUGAGUUUAAUCAAAUUUAAUACAUACUUAUCACGAUUGAAUCUUGUAACAAAUGAAGCGCUUACCAUGUUCUAAUAAAAAAUAAUUUAUUAUGC